CUCGAUCUUUAUUUACCUGUAGAAUAUAAAAUUAUAUUUCAGAAAUACAGCCAGAAGAAAUUUCAUACGUCGUGCUAUUGAAAGACUGGGAAAUUCCACCAAGCCAUUUGAAAUUACUGGAUAAAAAAUUAGGAGCUGGACAGUUUGGAAUGGUCAAAGAAGGUUUAUAUACAUCUUCUGAAAAUAGCAAUCCUGAGGUUGUUGCUGUAAAGAUGCUGAAAGGUAUUGACAUAAUUUUAAAAUCAUACUUCUGAGAAUAGAGUGGUAAACAAUGGGCAGAGAUUUUAUCAUUAACUUGCCGAAAAAGAUGCCAAUAACAAUUCAUUAAGGUUCUUACAGACCGAACGCGAUUCGACAACACGACGCGAAUUUUCAGCUUUUGAAAACAAAUAAAACCGUCAACGGAUAAAAAUUUUACAAGAUAUGCAGUCCAAAUAGCUAAAAUUGCUUAAGUGAUUCCGAAUAUUUGAAAAGCACUGAAAAAUAUUGAAGUUAAAUGUCAUUGAAAAUUGAAAAUUCGCGUCGCGUUGCCAAUUCGCGUCCGGUCUGUAUGGACUUUUAUGGCGAAGUAAUUACUUUAAUUAUGAUUUUUGGUGGAAUUAUAGGAUGGAUGUCGGUAGCUAAAUCUACGACAAUAUAUUUGUUAUUAUUAACAUUUACUCUUGAAGUGAAUAGUGCUUCACAUGUAAUUCGAUUGGUUGCUCAGGUCCGGAUAUCCUUGCACUAAUCAGAUUCUGACAAAACCAAAAUGGCUUCCCCGUUCAUUGCGCAACAAACCAAACGGCCAAAUAUUUUUUUGGUAAACGAAGCUGUUGUUUUGCCAAACACAAAAAAGACUAAAGAAGUUUUGUUGAACAGUGUAUAAAAGCAAUGCAAUCUUUAAUUAAAGCUAUUUCUAAUGAAUAGUAUUACUAAAAGCAAAUUACUAAAAGGUGAAUUAUACAAUUGGUUUAAAAAAAACCCGUUUGUUUGUUUUUUAUUAUUUUUGUUUUGUUGUGGUAUAUGCUAAAACAAUUAUUCACCUCAUGCAGUGCCGGUGAAUGGCGUAUUCGGUUCGCGUUUCGGAGAAAAUUGCUUCACUUCUACUUCGAUGACUAGUUGUUAAUUAAUAAUUAUUCUAGGCGAAAGGCAUAUUGGUGUUGGUGUAUAGUAUGUAUAUUGUAAAAUAUUGUUGUCAAAUGUACGAAUUUAUUCCUAUAUCAGCCAAAGCCAAACAAGGAUGUUUGAUUAAACUUAAACUGUAAUUUAAGCUUUAAUUAAAUUGAGCAAAAUGAAAGUGCACGCCAUAGCCCGAGGUGAUUUCUAAAUAUAGUCUUUAAUUAUUUUAAAAUCAUUUUAAGACCAUGUAAAUCCGUAAUGUAAGCAAACGCUUUGUUUACAUGUUGAACUCAUUGCUACAGUUGUAAAAUAUGAUUAGAUAUACAUUAUACUGAACUUUUCACACUUUUCUGAUUUGCUAUGCUUGUAAAUGAAUACAGACUAGAGAUUCAAUUAAAAAAAUUUCGAAAGGUGCCAAAUAUUAAUAACAUUGCAAUGGUCGUGUCCCGACCAUUGGAAUGUAACCCUGCCCGGAACGGACUUUACAUGGUCUUUAAUUGCAUCCGCAGAUAAUAUAAUGAUUGAGCCCGUUAUCGACAAGCCAUCAUUCUCUCCAUUCAUUGUACUGGAGUGGUAAAAAUUUACAUUAGGCCUUAAAAAAAUAGCUGUGGUUCCGGUUUCAUAUCGUGAAACAAUUAGGGUCGAUAGGUCAGAAAUAUUUUUUUUUAGUAUUUUUUUCAUUGGUUUGGCGGAUUUUGGGUGGGCGAUUUGCAGUAGAGGACCAAAAUCAAUAUUAACUCUAGAUGCGUCUUUCCUAUGGACGAACUAGGCAACUUGGUUCAAUAAUUAGUGUGACAACAGACGCCAUUUUGGCACGUUGUAUGAGCAGCCCGCAACCACCCUGAGAAAAUAGGCUCGCACGAUCAAUCGCGUUGAAAAAAUUAUAAAGUCGGCAGAAAAAAAUAGGGUCGGUCAGGAACCGAAACAAAAAGGAAUUUUUAGGCCUUACACUGUUUUAAAUAAAUCAAACUUUGCUCACAUUCCGCGUGCAUCAGCCUCUACAUUCGAUCUUCCUGUCAGACAAUAUGUCACAUUUUUAAAACAAAGCAGCUCCGUCAAUUAGGAGUCAGUUUUUCAAACCUGGAUUGCAGAUGACCAUAGCACCGACCUUGGUUUCAACGUGCUGCUUUGGCUUGUCAUCUUUUCACGCCUGCUUAUUGCGGAUUCAAGUAGACCGUGAAAUGCGAAUAGUUGUCGCGUUCGUUGUAACGGUUCCACGAUGACGUUUCUAGGCAGAUUUUCAGACGUUUCUAGGGCGUGGCUUCAACGUUUUGUUAAAAAGUAAACUCGUUUCAACAUUUUUGUCAUUCUAUAUUAGUUGCUUUCAUCAACAUGUCUUUUGUUCAAAUAAAAAUAGAAUAUGAUUUAUACUGUUCGAACAAACGUAUAACGCCAAUCUUUUUAAACGAAGAUAUAAUUUUCAUGAAAUAUUUUUUCAUAAAUAUUUUUAAGCCAGGAUUUUGAAUGACGUUCCACAUUUUCGCGAUCAAAAGUGGAAUUACAACGUUUAAAUUUUGAAAAUAAACGUUGAAGCCACGCCUUAGAAACGUCUGAAAAUCUGCCUAGAAACGUCAUCGUCCAACCGUUAAAAGUAACGCGACAACUAUUCGCAUUUCACGGUCUACCUGAAUCCGCAGUAUUUAAACUUUGUAGCAAACAAAUCUUUUGCUGAUCGUGACAAGAUUUCUGGGAAUGCAUUUUCAAGUUUAUAAACAAUUUACUGGAAAACAUGUCAACCCAGGUUUCAGCUAAGUAACGGCUUCAACAGCCGGCCUUUUCGAUCACGUUGCAUUGCGCUCUCAUAGGGAUUAAUCUCUAUUCUAUAUUGACAGAUUUGACAAUUGAACAAGUGAUUUCACCAUAAUCAAGUAAAUUGCUGCGAACAGCAGCUACCUGCACGAGUUUGCAAGUUAAAGUAUUUCGUUUGUACCCAUAUAAUGAUACAGCAAAGGAUACAAGGCGAAACUAUAGACAGUUUUGUCAGUUGAACUCCACGCUAACGGUCUUUCCUCAAAGGGGGAUCUCCUUCCAUUAAAUUAUAUUCCCUGCUUGAAUCUAUUAAAACAAUCAUUAUAUAACAAAUGCAUGCAAAACCAUAUCCACAAAAAAAUAGACGAUAACUUAAAGUGCGUAUGACACGAAAUUUCACACCAGAUGCUUAUGAUUGCAUUGUAAAGAUCACUUAAAAUGACUUAAUAAUUUAUUUUAUAGAAUUUUGGUAACUUGCUUCCUUCGCAAGAUAUUCAAGUUUGUUUCAUUUGCAAAUAAAUUUCACAUCGCAUAAUGACAUUUUGAAAACGCAAUAAUAAUAGGUAAAAACCUUGAUAAAAUAUUUUUACAAACUGAAAUACGGAGAGUUAAUUACCGGUUGUGAAAUUAGUACAUAUACAAGUGCAAUUAUUAUGUUUUUUAGAUACGUAUUCGUCAAGAAAACUAUACUUUUCUGAAAACUCAUUAUGCGAUGUGAUGUCACACCGGUGAUAUUUGCAUAUGAAACAAAGUUGAAUAUCUUGCGAAGGGAGCAAAUUACCAAAACUAUAUAAAAGAGGUUAUUAAGUUAUUUUAAGUGAUCUUUACUGGGUGAUAUUUCUUGAUUGGGGUGAUAUUUCGUGUCAUGGGCACUUUAAGCUCGCAAAAUAAGUGGAUUAUGUACGUCUCCGCAGCAAUUCUUAUGUUUUCUUUUUACAAAGAAACAUAUUAUUUAACAAUGUUUCCAUUGAUUUUCAGAUAAUGCAAGGGAAUCUGACCUGUCCGAUUUAUUGGCUGAAUUGGAAAUCUUGAAAAAAAUCAACAAAGCACCACAUCCAAAUGUCAUAAGAUUUAUCGGAGGUUGUUCAUUAGAAGGUAACCCGAUAAACUAUACUGUGCAUCCACCAGGCGAAGUUUCUGAUAAGCCUAUUCAUGAAACAAAUCUUAUUACUAUACGCUCACAUCUAGUGCCAUUGACCAAUCACGGGUCUUCAAUAGCGUCACGUGCAUGCCCGAUAUUUACGAUGUAGAACCGUUCAUAUUGGACAGUAACUUAUCGUGGCAUUUUUCCUGGUUUAUCAAACUUUUUCAGAUGUUUGACAGUUUUAAACACAAAACCAACGUUAACGCAAAGUAAUGAAAAUAAUUUGAGACAUAUUAUGACUGGGCCCAGAAGAAUCCAAUAUGAAAUAUUGUAAAUAUAUAGAAAAUGGCUAUCAAAAGGUAUCGAUGUGACAUGAAGCCGUUCUUAUACUGCUAAUUUCAUUUCUAUAUCAACAUGUUCGCUAUUACAGUAUUACAAUUAUAUUGAUGAUUUUUAACCUAUAGACAAGAAGAACGAAAUUCACUUACCAUAUAUACCAGGAAAGAGCAUCUUAAAAUGAGUAAAACUGCAAAGAUUGGUUGCUAAAUGUUGUAAAAUGAAGAAAAUAUAGCCUGCGAAGUUUGAAAAUUAUGUAUAUAUUUGUAUAUAUCACGGUCCACUAGAGUAUAUGUACAAAGUCUAAUUAUAUAGUCAAUUAUUCGGAGACCCUAAAUGGGAGAGGCGCAAACGAGACUCGAAGAACCAUGCAAGGCACCUGCCCCGACUUAGUAAAAUUUACUGUUCUAAAUGAAAAUCUAUACUGUUCUAGUAAACCUCGGAGGUGCAUACGCCUCAUAAAUUAGAUACUUUUUUAUAUGUACUACUUUUUUAUCUAUAUACUACUUUUUGAUACUCAAAUAAUAGAGAAAAGUCUCACAGUAACAUUUCAUUUAUAAAACCUGACUUUCACAACUUAUCUACAGUAUGCUGCAUUUAUAUAUUUUAUCCUCGAUAUUAAUAGCCUUCUGAGUUCUGACUGUCUUCCAAUAUGCAAAUUUGUUGUGUAAAUCAAAAUUCAUUGCUAAAUCUCAAUCAAGAUACGCCGAGUAUUUACAUGUGCCUGCAGGCGCGCAUCUUGUUUGCUUAUAAUUAAAUAUUGUUAUGCUGCCUAAAACGAAAUAAAAUUGACAUAUCACAUUAAAUUUACCUUAUUGCACUCUUCAGGAUAAAGAUCUCGGCGCCAAUGCUUCUACUUAUACAGUUGAAGUAGUUCAUGCUACUCAUUGCGCCUAGCAAGUGCUCAAACGAACUGUCCGAUAUAUAUAUGGUCGUCCUCCCAAAGUCAGCCACCAUUCUUGUGAGACAUCUAAAUCAUUCACCGCAAAUGCGGAUUGAACCGUUUCGUAAAUACCACAAGGAACAGCAGAUAUUUCCGAAUGUAGGCGAAAGAUAUACGUCCUUGUAGUCGCACUCUCUUGUAUUUACAUUAAUAUUACCAACAUUGAUUGCAAGUGGCUGACCUGAUUUGGAGAUUUCAAUAAUAUUCCAUCAAAUAACAGGAAUGAACGAACAUUAAAUUAUACUUAUUGUGAGGAUUAUACUAUUUCCUAAUUUCCACUCGUGUUGAUAUAUAACUGUAUGACAACACGGAAAAUGUUUUAUAUUUGUUAAAUGGUUUACGUACAUGUAGUCUACUGAACAUAACUGGGUCAAAUAUUUUCAUUCAUACAGAUAUAAAACUUUUUAUAAUACUUCGUGUUUUGCAACUUUACUACCUUAGGGAAACUUCUAGUGGUAACAGAGCUCUGUCCAGGUGGAAAUCUACAAAAGUUCCUAAGAAACAAUCGAGUCGACUAUGCCAAUAUAACAUCAACGUUAAACCAACGCCAACUGUUGAAAAUGGCUGUCGAGGUGGCAAGUGGAAUGGUCCAUCUUUCUUCUCAGAAGGUAUUUACAAACUGAUUUACAACCUGAAACUUCCGCUCUGGCUUAGGAAUAUCUUAUUAGUUGCAUGAUAUAAUUAAUAAUCAAAAGCGUUAGUAUAAAGGACGCUUUAGUUUUAGAAGUAAGGCUGAAACUCAUUUAAUUUACCCAAACACGAUACUAAAUAUUAUUAUUUGACGUACUUGUCUAUACUACCCUUUAUUGUGAUAUUACUUUCCCAACCACUCAUGUUUAUCCUAUUCCAUCAUUGUCAACUAUCGUGGGGGAGAAGCGCGGAGUAAGACAUUUGGUACUUUUCACAUGAGUUGGUAGAUAAUUGGUGAAACCAUCCAGAGGUGAAAGACACUAUUUUCUGAUGACUGCGCAACUGAAAAUAUUAAACAAUUAUUGAAUGAGGAUGAGUAUGAUAUCGAGAAUUAUCACGAGGUUUGUGUUAUCUACCGAGGCUGAUGGAUGAUCUACAGAAGCCGAUGGCUUCAUCGUGUUUUCGCAGACAGAUUAUUUAUACCUUUUAGUUUGUUCAUCGUGAUUUGGCAGCGAGAAAUAUUCUUCUUGGUGAAGAUAAUGUUGCAAAAGUUUCUGACUUUGGUUUGGCGAGAGAUAUUGGAAAUGCUGAAGAAUAUGUACGCAGUAACCA